GAGGGAGAGGGAGAGGGGGAGAGGGAGAGGGAGAGGGAGAGAGGGAGAGGGAGAGACAGAGACAGAGACAGACGAAUCGGUUGUGAAACUGUCAUUGUUAAUAGUUCGUAUUUGUAACUUGCUACGUCGGACGUCGACCAAAUUCAGAAGAAUCACGUUUCUGCUUAUAUCACUGGACUAAAUAAAGGAACCUCCCGGCAUUCACUGAUGAUGGAGGACGAGCAGCCCAGAACCCUGUAUGUGGGGAAUCUGUCAAGGGAGGUCACUGAGCCCUUAAUCCUUCAGGUCUUUACACAGAUGGGACCAUGCAAGAGCUGCAAAAUGAUAGUCGACGCAGCUGGAAAUGACCCAUACUGCUUUGUGGAGUUCUAUGACCACAGACAUGCAGCUGCUUCAAUGGCAGCUAUAAAUGGAAGGAAAAUAAUGGGUAAGGAAGUCAAAGUAAAUUGGGCCACAACACCAACCAGCCAGAAAAAAGACACAAGUAAUCACUUUCAUGUCUUCGUCGGAGACCUCAGUCCAGAAAUAACUACAGAAGAUGUCAGAGCUGCCUUCGGUCCGUUUGGCAGGAUAUCAGAUGCUCGUGUUGUCAAAGAUAUGGCUACGGGUAAAUCUAAAGGCUACGGCUUUGUGUCUUUCUUCAAUAAAUGGGAUGCAGAGAAUGCCAUUCAGCAAAUGGGCGGUCAAUGGUUAGGGGGUAGACAGAUCCGAACUAACUGGGCCACAAGAAAACCCCCUGCUCCAAAGGCUACUUAUGAAAGUAACUCCAAGCCACUAUCUUUUGAUGAAGUAGUCAAUCAAUCCAGUCCUAGUAACUGCACUGUCUACUGUGGUGGAGUUAGCGCAGGACUGACAGAACAACUGAUGAGACAGACCUUCUCUGCCUUUGGGUUAAUCAUGGAGAUCAGAGUUUUCCCAGAUAAAGGCUAUUCAUUUGUCAGGUUCAACUCCCAUGAAUCAGCUGCCCAGGCCAUAGUUGCUGUAAAUGGCACUUCAAUAGAGGGCCACGUUGUAAAAUGCUACUGGGGUAAAGAGACUCCUGACAUGAUGAACCAAAUGCAGCAGAUGCCAAUGCCUCAGAACAAGGUGAACUAUGCUGCGGCCCAGCCUUAUGGCCAGUGGAGCCAGUGGUAUGGCAAUGGGCCCCAGAUUAACCAGUAUGUUCCUAAUGGGUGGCAGGUCCCCACCUACAGUGUCUACAGCCAGGCCUGGAAUCAACAGGGCUUUAAUCACUUACCGGCUAGUGCUGGGUGGACUGGCAUGAGCGCCAUCAGUAACGGUGGGGUUAUGGAGCCUACGCAGGGACUGAAUGGAAGUAUGCUAGCCAACCAGCCUGGUAUGGGAGCUGCAAGAUACCCCACACACUGAUAAGUAGCUGGGGCCCUGACAUCUGUCAACCAUCAGCCUCUUUUUGGCUGUACUGAGCCCGGCAGGGCUGUGUAACACCGCCUCCACUUGUGGCAGGACUAGGGCUUUAACUGGGAUGUGGAACCUUACAGGACGAUUGGUGUCAAAAGGAGAUGUAAAUGGAAUUUUGCUGGGAGAGGGGGUUGAAGGAACAGCAACCAGGGAGGAGCAGUUUGACACACUUGGCUUUACCCAGCCUCUCUGUGGAAAAUGAGACUGGCCAAGAACCAGUUCUCGGACCGUUUUUAAGUUAACUGUAAAUGAAUUUAAACUUUAAAGAAGAUACUUUUGGGGUUUUUUCCCCACCCCCUGAGUUCAACAAAUUGCUUCUACUUUCAUGUCUCUCAGAUAGUCGCUGAAAGUUUUGUGCUUAAAGAAACUGUUCAAUUUUUAAUAUUUUUAAGUUAUGAACCUUAAUUGUAACGUGAGGAAUGGAAAUCUGUUGAAUUUGUUCUCAUUUUCUCUUGGGGUAAAAUCAAAUGCAGGUAUUUUUGCCACUGCUAGUUCUCUGUAAGGGCAGACAGAUAUUGCACACUUUUUCCCUCUCUUGUACAUGGACAAUUUUUGAAAACUAAGGGUUUACUUUUUGCAUUCCAUUUUCCUCCUCCUCUUCUUACUUGUCCUUCUCCAUGGCCUCAAAUCUUUUUUGUCACCUGUAAAUAACCAUUCGCUCAUUCAAUCAGCCGUUCCUUUGAACCGUUGUGUGUAAAAACAUGCUUCUGUCAACUGCGAGCACUUGCUUCCUCUUCCGUGAGAACAACUGCAGUUAACGCCAACAUUGUACGUAGCAGAGUGGCGCUGUACGAAAAAGUGACACUUGGACACCACCACACACAUGAUCUUCCAUACAGGGAUGAGGUAGCAUUGCCAUGCAGUGCAUACUAAAACAAUUUACACAGUUCAAAUGUUUGAAGGGGUAAACAUAAAAGUUCUGCAGUUUGUUUAAAAAAUGUAUUAAAACACAGUGUUUUAUAUUGUUAAAAUCGUGAGGUAAUUCAACCUUUACACUUUUUUUUUUUUGCCAGAGAACUGAAGCAGCCAUUUGAACUGUUGCCUUACAGAGCUGGUUUCUUUUAGCUGACAAGAUCCUCGAUUUCAUUAGGCAGUGCCUACACGUUUUCAGACAUUUUUGUUUAGAAAGGCGGUGACACCCCCCUGUCUCCCCUCCAAGUACCGAUUACUCUGCUACUGUAAUCAAUGUUUUCUUGCUUUGUCAAUUAAAUUGCUGAUGCACAUAAACAGUU